AUGGGGUUCUGCCCCAGCCCACAUUGCAAUUCAACCCGUCCCUUGGCAGAGGGACCGGCGGUUCCUCCCCAGUCUUCGGGCAACUCGCGCCGCUCCGCAUGGCUGGCUCCUUCGGCCACCGAGCCGCUCUCCCUGGCCGACGUCUCCGCGGAUUCUCAGCCCCGGAUCGCCCUGUCCUCCGCAGAAAUCAAUCGCGUGCUCGGUGGCGGUAUCGUCCCAGGUUCGGUCUCACUCCUGACUGGAGAGCCGGGCGUCGGAAAGUCUACGCUGUUGCUGCAACUGGCCCAUUCACUGGCGGCGUCCGCUUCCUCGUCUCGCACCGCGUCGGUCGCCGGGCCGGUGAUGUACGUCACCGGUGAGGAGUCGCCCGUCCAGGUGAAGCUCCGCGCGGACCGAAUGGGAGUCAACGGGCAGGGCAUCCUUCUGCUCGCCGAAACCGACGUUGACUCCAUCCUGGAGCGGCUCGAGGAAACCCAGCCGGGGCUGGUCAUCGUCGACUCCAUCCAGACCCUGCAAUGCGAAGACGAGGCCUCAGGCCCAGGUAGCGUCGGUCAGGUGCGGGAGUCCGCCCUGCGCUUGCUGCGAUGGGCGAAGUCCACCGGCAAACCCGUGUUCAUCUCGGGACAUAUGACCAAGGACGGUUCCCUGGCCGGACCCCGGGUGCUGGAACACAUGGUCGACGCCGUGCUGCACCUCGAAUCGCAGGAUUCGGGAGGCUUCCGUGUCCUCCGGGCAGCCAAGAACCGAUUCGGUUCCACCGACGAGGUCGGAGUCUUCCUGAUGACCGAGCGCGGCUUGGACGACGUAUCCGAUCCGUCCCGCGCCAUGCUGUCCCAGCGGAGCGGGCCGCAGCUCGGCGCCAUCGCGACUCCGGCCCUCGAAGGCAGCCGAGCCCUCCUGCUGGAAGUUCAGGCUCUCACCAACUUCUCGCAGCUGCCCGCUCCCCGCCGCGUUUCCAACGGCGUUGACCACAACCGACUUCUGAUGCUCACGGCGGUGGCCUCUCGCCGUGCGGGCCUGGAACUGGGCGGUCAGGACGUUAUCGUCAGUGUCGCAGGCGGCUUCCGCGCCACCGAGCCCGCAGCCGAUCUCGCCAUCACACUGGCCAUCGCGUCAUGUUACCGUAAUGCUCCCUUGCCGCCCGCCGCCGCCUUCGGCGAGGUGGGCCUUAGCGCUGAACUCCGUGCCGUCCCGCACGCCCAACGCCGGGUCAACGAGGCCGCCCGCCUCGGCCUAACCCGCUGCAUCCUCCCGCAGGCAUCCCUGCGCGACGUCGAGGCGCCGCCGGGGCUGCAGCUCAUCCCAGCAGAAACCGUAGGCCACGCCAUCCGCGCCGCCCUCUCCGCCUCCCACGACGAGCUGGACCUGGCGCUUGCCGGAGACAUCCGUCAAUAA